GCUGACAGCGAGUAGUAACACACCAAUCUGCCACCAUCAUUGAAAUAUUGAGCAAACAAUAGUGUGAUUCCAUUCGGCGCUUUCCCUUUUCCACGAUGCAUUUUCAUCAGUCAGAUGAGGCUUCCCGUCACAGACGAGACAGCUUUAUCCAUGCGUACCUGAUCGUCUUUGUCAGAGUAAUGGCAUCGUUUAGCAGACUGUCUCUAGUGUUGCUGUUCGGCGUGGCAUUGAUGGCGGUGCUGAAACAUCUCCGACAUGAUGUAGGCGUCGUCCCGGGCGACGACCGGAAAAUGCGUGUAUUUGGAGAGUACGAUAAUAGUAGCAAUAUAGCAUCAGAUUCGAAAGGAUUCUGGCCGCAGCCCACGUCCGACGUCGAAGUAAAACCGUAUAUAAUAGCGGCGGAUCGCGUAAUGGUUGAUGAAAUAUUCUUACGACACCCAUGGUUACAGAAAAGAUCCUUUAUGCCAAACUACUACACGACGAGUGGAGUCGACGAAAGUGUGUAUAAGCGUCGAAACACGUCAGUGGCGUUUGUGCACCUACCGAAGGCUGCCGGAAUCACCAUGAAAAUGUGCUUGGAUAAACUAGCGAAUCGUGCAUCGGAACGCAAACCGUUGCGAAUGAAAGCGGGCACGAAAGAAUAUCCAUAUGAAGACAUGCCAAAGCAAAAAUAUUACGUCAGCGAAUUUACGUUCGGUGUAUGCGAUAGUCUAAACGCGCCGUGUUCUUACUUCACUGUUCUCAGAGAGCCGUAUGAGAGACUGAUCUCUUGCUACCAAUACUGCCGAACUCAAGAUUUAAAAGAUCCGAUUUGCAUGGCAGGAAACGCGAGAACCUCGUCAGUCAACGAAUGGGCAGUACACCAAGGCAGCUACUUUUUCAGACAACUGCUGUACAAUUUCAAAGACGCCUGUUUCCAAACAGAUCUAUAUGAUACUAUAAAAACUUAUUUUGAUAAAGCACACUACCGCGGUCCCAACUACUACUGGCCGCCUUGCUGGUACAUGAACAAAAAGCUUCUCGAUAGAAAACUAGAUAAAGACGAUAAGGAAGCGCUACUCCAGUAUGUGUUAGACAAUUUAGAAAACUGGUUCGGCGUGAUCGGGAUUGUAGAAGACUACCCGAUUACAUUGCGGUUGCUAGAGCGCGCAUAUGGACAACCUUUCUAUUCCGUUUGCGGGGAACUGGAAAAGCAUAAGAGUCAUUACGCGAGUGUGAGCGAGUCGACGGAGAAGCAGAAGUACAUCGAUACAACAAAAGCAGAACUUGCUGCUGACAAGGAAGUUUUUGAUGCUCUGUAUUACGAUUUGAAGAUCUAUGAAAAGGCUGUUGAGAUAUUCGAUAAACAACAAUCUGCUUUCCUCCGUGCCGAAAUUGAAUGAAUCAUAUUAAGUCACUACCCAAACUUGAAAAUUGUUAUUGUUGAGUGAAAGACGUUUUCAUACUCGCCAUAGAGGUCGCCCUCGGCAAAAAAAAAAAUCAUGACUUGCAUGUGCGUAGUCUCAGAUUCGCCUACUUAAGUAAUUUCAUUUAUGAAGAUAAAGUAAUUUAAUGUUGAUUAAUGUGACGCAGACGUGGUUUUAUCAAUAGUCUGUAAUUAAGCACUUUCGAGUGUGAAUCGCAUCUGCAGGUUUGACAGAAAUUGUUGAAAAAUUGUAAUCCAUUUAUUUGAACGCGGUCACUCUAUUUGGUAACUAAAUAUAUGUUAUCUCAAAAACACAUUCAUCUACAGAAAUUUCAAAUGAAUUGACUCCGACAUAGAUUAUUGAAAAUUUUUAGAAAAUUAAUAAAACCGUGAUAAUACGGGCUGAAAACAAGAUGCGUGGAAUAUUCAGACACCGUAAUAAACAGACCUCGCGGAGAGCGAGAGGACGCGUUUGCCACUCAAAAAAUUCCAUUCUCUUCCGUUAUCGCGUUCACUGUUUCAUUUACAUGCUACUGUGUAAACAUGGUAUUCGGAGAAAUGGACGGUAGAACGAGAACACCGUUUAAGUAUUGAAUGUUUUUAGGAACACAACAUUUGCGAUUGUGUGGAUAAACAUUUACUUUUGGCUUUUUCAUUACAAAGCUUCCUACAGACGCAACAAUUGUAUACACUAUUGAAGAUAUAUACAUUAUGCCUACCUUGUAAUAAUUUCAUGUAAAAUAGAAGUAAUAAAAUGCAUUUUAUACAAA